AUGUCGUUUCACACGCUCGAGAGGGAAAAGAAAUUCACAAAUCCCUCGGCGAAAGGGAAUAAUUAUCCAAUUCUGCAGGAGCUGGUAAAGCCUCACGUAGACAGCUUCAAUAUGCUCUUCAAGGAUUCAAAUGGCGAUGAAGGACUGCUCGAUAAAGCUCUUAGAGAUAUUCCUUCUAGAGUUGUCAUCGAUGAUAAACACAGGCUUGAAUUGACUUAUAAGCAAUUAAACAUUGCCAAACCUAUGGUACUCGAUAAAGAUAAGAAUUCUUUAGAUAGACGAGUUUUCCCAUUCGAGGCAAGAGAGAGACUCACAACCUACAAAUCACGUAUGAGCGUUAAAAUUCAACUCAAGGUUGAUGGUCAAGUAAAGACAGAGUUCAUUAGAGAGUGCGGAUCAGUUCCUGUCAUGGUUAGAUCAGAAAGAUGCAAUUUGCAGAAAAUGUCCUCAGCAGAAUUAGUAGCAAAGCACGAAGAAUCAGAUGAAAUGGGCGGUUAUUUCAUUAUUAACGGUAAUGAAAAGUUAAUGAGAUUGCUCGUCGUUCCGAGAAGACAUUACGUAACUUCAAUCAUUAGACCUAGUUUCGCUAAUAGAGGCCCAACAUACACCGAAUUUGGUGUACAGAUUCGUUGCGUUAGACCUGAUCAAACUUCAACAACAAAUACUAUGCAUUAUCUCAGUAAUGGUGGCGCUACUCUCAGAUUUGCAUGGAGAAAGAACGAAUACAUGAUUCCAGUUAUCAUGGUCAUGAAAGCACUCAGCUCUGCUUCUGAUAGGGAUAUUUUUGAAGGAAUCAUUCAAAAAGACUACGAUAACACUUUCUUGACUGAUCGUGUUGAACUUUUGUUAAGAGGAUUCAAGCCAUUCAGACUAUACACCAAAGAUCAAUGCUUGUUCUACUUAGGAUCUAAGUUUAGAGUCGUAUUGGGCUGUCCAGAUGAUUGGUCCGAUAUUCAAGUUGGUCAACACCUCAUUGAGAGAUGUAUCCUCGUCCACCUUAAAACACCUGAAGACAAGUAUAGAAUGUUGCUUUUCAUGCUACAAAAGCUCUACUCCCUAGUCAGUGGUGAAAGUUGCGCAGAUAAUCCAGAUUCCCCUCAACUACACGAAGUACUCAUGCCUGGCUUUUUGUAUGGUCAAAUAAUAAAGGAGAAGUUGGAUGAGUGUUUAAUAGCUGCCUCUGCUCAGAUUAGACAAGACCUCAGACGACAAGUUAGCUCGACCAAUUUAAGCGACGACAAGUAUGUCAACAAAGUCAUACAGAGAACGAACUUUGAUAUUGGACAAAAACUUAAUUACUUUUUAGCUACUGGUAAUCUUGUUUCACCAUCUGGUUUAGAUUUACAACAAGCUACUGGUUUCACAAUCAUGGCUGAAAAGCUCAACUUCUACAGAUAUCUCUCACACUUUAGAUGUAUACAUAGAGGUGCUUUCUUUGCUGAAUUAAAGACAACAGCUGUUAGAAAGCUCCUUCCUGAGGCUUGGGGAUUCUUGUGUCCAGUACACACACCAGAUGGUGCUCCAUGUGGUCUUCUUAACCAUCUUUCCAGAUCGUGUAAAGUUACAACCGAAAACCUGGAAGAAAGUGCAUCUAAAAUCCCAGCACUGCUCUCAGGUUUGGGUAUGAUUCAGCCAUUUAUAUUCACAGUUGAUAGAAGAACACACGUCGCUAUACAUCUUGACGGUAGAGUGAUUGGAUGGGCCAACACUUCAGACGUCAAGCACAUGGCAGAGGCCCUGCGUAUCUGGAAGACUGAAGGAUUACAUGACGUGCCGUUGAAUAUGGAAAUUGGUUUAGUACCAUCGUCUAAAGGAGGUCAAUAUCCAGGUCUCUACCUGUUCACCUCAAGAGCUAGAAUGAUGAGACCGGUUAAGUACCUUGCCAACGGUAAAUUAGAUCACUUGGGUUCAUUCGAACAGGUUUACAUGGACGUCGCUUGUGUUCCAAAAGAGAUUGAGAAGGGAAUAUCUACACAUGUUGAAUUUACACCAACGAACGUUUUAUCGGUUGUCGCAAAUAUGACACCGUUCUCCGAUUUCAAUCAAUCACCAAGAAACAUGUACCAAUGCCAGAUGGCUAAGCAAACAAUGGGUACACCUUCAACAGCUAUAAUGAGAAGAACGGAUAACAAGUUAUAUAGAAUUCAAAACGGUCAAUCACCAAUCGUUAGGCCAAACCUGCACAACAAUUACGGUAUGGAUAAUUUCCCUCAAGGUGCUAAUGCAAUUGUUGCCGUAUUGUCGUAUACCGGUUACGAUAUGGAGGAUGCUAUGAUAAUCAAUAAGUCAGCACAUGAAAGAGGAUUUGGUUAUGGUACAGUGUACAAAUCUCAAAUUGUGGAUCUCCGUGAGAUGAGAGGAGCAAACAAAUCAAAGUCAACACCAAGUCUGCACUUUGGUUUGGGUGCUGACGCAAAGAGGGAAUGGAGAGAAACGCUUGACGACGAUGGUAUAGUGCCAUCCGGCGUCAAAGUAACUUCCGGCGAUCCAAUUUGCGCGUACAUAGAUGAAACCACACAGAGAACAAUGGUUGAGAAAUAUAAAGGAGAUGAAGAUGCCUACAUUGACGAAAUUCGUUUGCUGGGUUCAGACGGUGGUGACUCUGAGUUGCAAAAGAUUCACUUUAAGAUCCGUAUACCUAGAUCACCUGUUGUUGGUGAUAAGUUCAGUUCUAGACAUGGACAAAAGGGUGUUAUGUCACAGAGAUGGAAGAAGAUUGACCUGCCAUUCUCAGAAUCAGGUUUGCAGCCAGACGUUAUCAUUAAUCCUCACGCUUUCCCAUCUAGAAUGACCAUUGGUAUGUUUGUAGAGUCCAUCGCAGGUAAGGCUGGUGCAUUGCACGGUUUGGCGCAGGAUGGUACGCCAUUUAACUUCAACGAAAGCGAUACGCCUGUCGAGUACUUUGGUGAUCAGCUGAAGGCUGCUGGGUACAAUUAUCACGGAAACGAACCAAUGUAUUCCGGUGUAACUGGUGAAGAAUUCCCUGCUGAUAUAUAUCUUGGAUGUGUUUACUACCAAAGAUUGAGACACAUGGUUAAUGACAAGUAUCAAGUUAGAACGCUCGGGCCGGUUGAUCAGCUCACACGUCAGCCAAUUAAGGGACGUAAGCGUCACGGUGGUAUUAGAUUGGGAGAAAUGGAGAGAGAUGCGCUUAUUGCUCAUGGUACAUCUUUCUUGCUGCAAGACAGAUUGAUGAAUUGCUCCGACUACUCAACAGCAUGGGUAUGCAGAGACUGCGGUAGUUUAAUUUCACUAGGAUACACGGAUGAGAGAGACACAAGAGCGUCACAACUUCCUCAAGGACCAACUGGAGAGUAUUGUCGCGUAUGUCGUCAAGCUCAACAGGAGGAGGACAAGGGAGAAAUGGAUGGCGAGGCAACUCAAGUGAAGAGAAAAAGUGAUAUCAUACUGCCAUUGUCGAAGGAGUUGAACAUUGGCAAAGGUGGUAACAUGGACGUAGUAGCAGUUCCAUACGUGUUGAGGUAUCUAGCGUCGGAACUUGCAUGUAUGGGUAUUAGAAUGUCAAUAGAGCUUUCUUGA